UUCCUCUCGUGCUGCCCUGUCGGCCGUCCUGGCCGUCGCCGCCCUCCGACUGUAGCUCUGUUCCUGAGGAAGGCCACGCGUGGAGAGGCCACCGAGGGCCCGGGGGCGCCGAGGCCCGGGGUGGGAUGGCGCUGUGGCCACAGGUCUACACCCGCAAGAAGCGGGCCUGCGAAAGGCUUAACCUGACCCCGACGCCAGAUCUAGGCACCCUUGAGAAGGUGGAGGCCCCCUCAGGUCCUGGCCGAGGCCUCCCUGCCCACUGGAAGCCCGGCCUGGCUGACCUGUGGGGCGGCACCCGGGACAGGUGGGUCGGGGGGCACCUGGGCCUCGACGCCAGGGACCCCAGAGGCCCGCGGGCGGCCUCCCCAGGCUUUCGCCUUGAAAGGAGUCGCCCUCUCUCAGGCGCGAAAGGAAGUGGCCAAGGGCAUGAUUUGGCGAAGAUCGUCGAGAAGGCUGAGCAGAGCAGGCUGAGAGGUAGCGGCUCUGGGCCGCUGAGCACUCAAUUAAGAGUCUCAGGACAGAAAAGCCCGCAAGAAAAUAGCACUAGUGAAGAGACCCAGGAUGAGAUCAUCGCUCCAUUGAGUGAGUCAGUGACAGAUAACCUCCAGUUUGACAGUAGUUCAUCAAAUAGUGAACUAGAAUCAGGUAAGAUGGUCAGAUGUGAACUCGGGUUUUCCUUACAAACAAAAA